CACCGUUCUGAUUUCUCCAUGUGAACGACGGCUAUCCUUUCACCUUCUUCCCAAUCACAAACCCCCACGUAUGCGUCGGACCGCGGAGUUCACGUGUGAUUCCUAAUAAUAAAGCCGUGUCAAAGUGUAGGGCCUGCAAAUUACGACGAUCCAAUCGAGCCGAGGAGGUGGAGGAAUGGCGUCAUCUGAGCCGACAGCCCGCUAGCGGUUAAGAUUGCCGAAUUAGGGCGGAAGAUGAUCGGAACGGUAUUAAUUGGGAUUAUGACGUCUAGGGAACGGGUGAUGGACCACCCGGAUGAGGAUGGAGAUGGGGCCGAGAGUGGGUUGGCCCCUCCCCAUCCAACUUUUGGACUCUGGCUAACUCAUGAACGCUCCAGAUUUAAUGCUUACCGUUGAGUGAGAUCUAUUUUAAGAAUAUAUUCUUACGCUUUUU